AUAUACAUAUAUAUAUAGAUCAAUAUGUUUUCCAAAUGGAAGACAUGUUAAGUAAAGCUCUCACCCAAAAACAAAAAACCAUGGAGGAGACGAUUUCUUUAAUCUUUCAUGGGUGCAAUUUGGCUAGAGACCUUGAAUCAAACCUCCCAAACUUGGCUAACCAGCCUAACAUUCUUUCAAAAUCAUGCAAUGAGAUCACACAAAUCUUCAGGAACGCGAGGGAUCGAUUGAAUGCUGAUCCAAUGUCAUUAGGCCACAUGAUCUUUCAUGGACUGCAUCAACCAGGGGAGUUGGAUCAGAUUGGUGAAGGAGUACAAGAAUGGGUAAAAUAUGAUGGUUCUCAAGCAAUGAAUAUAUUCCAUGGACAAUUUUUAGCUGAGAAGAGUAGUACUGAGUUUGAGGCACACAGAAUGCAUGAAAGGAAUAUUAGUACUGGACUAGAAAGGCGUGGUUCGGGGUUCCAAGUUCCGGUCGAAGCUCCUAUGCAACUGAGGGGCAGUGGAGGGGAGGUUCAGCCAUCUGAUUCAGCCGGAGAUUCAUCCACGCAACGUCGACGAAGAAGAAAUGUUGACACAGAGAAAAGGAUUGUUAAGGUACCAGCACCUCAGAUGGGUAAUAUUGAAAUUCCACCAGAGGAUGGUUUUAUUUGGAAAAAAUAUGGCCAGAAGGAUAUUUUCGGAUCAAGAUUUCCAAGGAGCUACUACAAAUGCACCCACCAAAAACAAUUCCACUGCCCUGCCAAGAAACAAGUACAGAGGCUCGAAAACGAUCCCUACACAUUGGAAGUGACAUACAAAGGCGAACACACAUGCCAUAAUAUGUUGUCCCCAGCGCCGCGAACACCUCCACCAAUGUCCACGGAAUUCACAAGAAGGACGACGCCAAAAACCGCCACUACUCAGCCUAUAUCACCGCCAUCUGCUCCAAUGCCUCUCAGCCGAUGGACUUCAACAGUGGACAGUAAGCCAAGAGGAGACAGCACAAUUAGUACCUUCAUUAACACACAAAUGCAAAUGCAUAGAAGCUUUGGCCUCAGUAGUGACAUUGCAGGUCCCUCCAAUGUCGAAUAUGGGAGAGUAGUCGACUACCAGCAGCCGGUUACGGAUUUGGUUGAUGCCAUGUUUAAUUCUGGUAGUUGCAGCAACAAUAUCAUGGAGGACAUCAUCUUCUCUUCCAUGGAAAGCAAGUGGGAAGGAGCAGACAAUAAAAAAUGAUUAAUUGCUUGAUAGGUCGAUCUGGUUAGAUUAAGUGAAUAUAAUAGUUUAACAUAUUUAGGUCAUCAAUUAUGACCAUUCAAUUUCGUCAUUAACUUGUUUUUAGAGAAAUCAGUACUGUACUUCUUUACUUUCAUAAUUCUUAUAUGGCUGAGGACUUAAUCGUCCACAGACCAGUGUCUUAAUCAAAAUGUGUUU